AUGAAAUUUCUCACAAAGAGUUCAAGUGCGCGGCACUCACUGCUGGUACUCCUCUUGGCUUUUUGCUGCCUGAGCUCUGCCUUUGGAGCCAAGAUAACCAAAAAGGUCGAGAAACCCUCGCAGCAGAACGACAACAAGGUACCAGAGGCGGAGCCAGCGGUAGAAGCCGACCAGGAGGAGGAAGAAAACGACGAGGAUGACGACGACGACGAGGAAGCGGAUGAGGACGAGGAGGAGGAGCAGCAGCCGGCCAAGGGGGCAGACAAAGAGGCUGCGGCAUCGGGUAACAACAAGAACCCCAGUGCCGUUCAGGCCGCCACCGACCCCACGGAUCUCAGUGUCUGGGGCAUGGUCCGUACUCUAUGGGGCUGGCUGCGCAGCGAUCUGAGUGAAAGCCUGUUCGGCGAUGACGACAACGACGACGGGAAGCCAGCGUCCGGCAGCUCCGCAGUGGAGGGCCGUACUUUUGGAAAAAUCCGUCGCCUGCAGAUGGCCCUGAUUCCCAUCAUCUUCAAGUUCGGAGUGCUCUCGGCAAUGGUUGCCUUUUUGGUGGCUAUUGGAAUGAAGUCGUUGUUCCUGCUGAAGGUGCUGGUCGUGAUGAAUGCCAUUGCCAUUUUGGGCAAGUUCAUAACCUUGAAAUCGAGCUUGUUUGGAAGCUAUGAGAACACAGCUCCAUCCUUUAACUAUCCGGGCUGGAAUCCACAUGCCAAGGAGUCGUGGGGCACCACAGGACUGAGUGGUAAUGGCGGCUUGGGUGGACAUCCCCCUAGCAAGGAAAUCCAUCUGCACAUCCACGGCAAUGCCCAGACCCAGGCUCAGUUGGCCGGACAGGGCUACACUUACGAAUCGCAGGGAGGUUGGGCCAGUCGCUCGGAUCCCUACGGAGGUUAUGCGCCCACGGGACAGUACACGGAGAACCAGCAGCCCGCAGCCGGAGUGCCCGGAGAGGUGGCAGUGCCCAACAUCACGGAUCCCAUGGCCUUGUUACCUACAAAGUAUCGGGCGAGGCGCCUGAUUCGCUAGAGAAGAGCUGAGGUUUCCAUCAAACACCACCGCGAUUUAGUCAGCGACUUUACGAGGACGCAGCUUUACGUACACCUAAAACUAGUUACGACUCUAAUUAAAGCUUAAUUUUAAUUAAAUUAUUUAAAUUAUUUUCCCCCAAGUAGACCUAAAACGAUUGAUAAUUUGUAAUAAAUAGUCAUAAUAUGCAGAAA